AUGACUCACUGGGAAGAAAAGGAUAUUACGACAUCAAGCCAUGAGAGCUUGGAAAUGUUAGAACCUCAAGGGUUGUUGCUGCUGUUGUCAGCUUGUGCAGCACUCACAUGCUAUUAUCAUGUGUCACAGCAAUGCUUCAUGAAAGUCUUCUGCCACGACACUCAAUGGAUCGCGAAAUGCGUUGACAUUACUAGCCAUGGGUGGCAGGCGAACAGCACCACUCCGUCAUCUCAUCUCUUGCGGCAGUACGUGAAAUGGAUGCGAGCAGCCAACGUCGCAUUGGUGGUCGUAAUACCGCUGGUGUUCCUCGUCGUGUUGAAUACGAUGCUGAUGUACUACGUUAAGAAACGAUCGUUCUUCUUCCAUGUGUCGUUGAGUAAAGUGACACAGCGUAUGCAACGAGAAGGUCAAGCCAAGCUGCCCUUUGUAGGAACACUUUUUCGACGGCACAGCGAUCAGUUGAUUCAGCAAAAGAUGGAGCACCGAGUGGCAGUGACUGUUUGUGCCGUCGUCACUUCAUUCACAAUUACUCAGGCUCCAUCUGCCGUGGUGCUUUUUUGGCGAUCGAUGUGGGUUGAUCAAGAGUUUGAAGAGUACUGGUACGACUUGGAAGUAAUUACCAGUUUUAUGGUAAUUAUCGGCAAAUGUUUGAAUUUCGUUGUAUUUUGCUUGAGUUCGGACAAUUUCCGCCAGAAGCUUCUUGUCGUAGUUCGAGCAAGAUGUGGAGGAAUGAGCGAAGAAAAGCGAUGUCAUUCGGUGAUAACUACGUAUACUCGAUGUGAUAGCCGAGAUUCACGGAUAUUAUCGGCGAAAAAAUCCUUUCAAAAUAUAUGA